AUGGACAGUAGACGGUUCUGGUCUGGGCAAUUGGGCAAACGUGGCUAUGGUGGAUGGCUAAUGACGGUGGUGAUGUUGCUUUUCGUGGCUAUCUGUGGACUGAAUGCGUCCACCCCACGUGUGAAAACGAAAUUCGGCGUGGUUGAAGGUGUGUGGGCCAGAAGCGCAAAUGGCAGGAUCUUUGCCGAGUACUUGGGUAUUCCCUAUGCUGAGCCACCGAUUGGGGACCUGAGGUUUAGGAGUCCACAGCCUUGGAACCACACAUGGAAAGGUAUUUAUAAUGCCACAAAAGAUAGUUCCAAGUGCAUCCAACCGAUCUCAAAAGAACGUAUUGUCGGAAGUGAAGACUGCUUAUAUUUAAAUGUUUAUGUACCUGUGAUCCCAGAUAAGGAGAAGGGGAGCAACAAACUUCCAGUUAUAGUGUUCGUGCACGGCGGAAAGUAUAUUAUCGGUGCCAGUCACAGCCAAGAAUUCCCACCAGACUACAUGUUGAAUCGAGAUGUUAUUUUAGUCUCUAUGAAUUAUCGCCUAAACGUUAUGGGAUUCUUCACCACAGCGAACAAAGUCUCCCCAGGCAAUUAUGGCCUGAAGGAUAUUUUAAUGUCGCUGCAUUGGGUCCACGAUAACAUCGAGUCCUUCCAUGGCGAUUCGAAUUCCGUGACGUUAUGGGGCCACAGCGCUGGAGCUGGCGCUGUUCACGCGAUGGCCUUCACCAAGAAAACGGAGGGACUGUUUCACAGAUACAUUCUGCAGAGCGGGAGCAUAUUCGCCACCUGGGCUGUGAACUCUAGGUAUUGGAUGAGACAGGUUUCGCUGGAGGUAGCCAGGCUGGUAGGCUGUCUGCCCCGUGGCACAAAGAACAGCACGAAAAUCGUGUUGGAAACUGAGGAAAAUCAUUCGAGGGACCAUUAUGUAGAGACAGAAACCACGUGUCCCAGUAGGACCUAUGAAAGUUUUCAACAGGAUGUUUGGCAACAGAAUCCUUGUUGCCCCUUCGGACCCGUGGUUGAAGAGGAAUCAGCAGACGCUGUUAUAACGAGACCUCCUUUGGUGACUCUCAGAAAACGUCUGUUCAGAGAUAUACCACUUAUAGUAGGUGUCACAAGGGACGAAGGAUUCAUGAAGACUGUGGGUUUAUUGGACUCGGAGAAGGAACUGAUCGACAAUAUCGAUGUAUACUUGCCGGUCCUGCUGGACUCUUAUCAGUUAAUCUCCAACAUGUCUGCCUUCCUCGGUGCUGUUGAAGAAUUUUAUUUCGAGUCGAAUCUUACGGGACGACUAAUGCAAAAUAUUACAGAGGCGACCGGUGAUGCUGUAAUUAUAUGGCCAACGUAUCAGGUGUUGAGACGUCAAUUAGGGAUGAUGAAUUCGAGCGUUUACUUUUAUGUCUUUAUGUACGAGGGCACGUUUAGCUUCACCUUCCAUACACUACCGCGGAGAUACUUCGGCAUCUCACACGGUGACGAUUUAAAUUACUUGAUGCCUAUGUUAAACAGAGAAUUUGGCGAUGAAACGUUCCACAAUACGGAAACUGACAUCGCUAUGAUAAACAUAAUGACCAAACUGUGGGCCAACUUUGCAACCACGGGAGUACCAAAGGCAACGGGAGUAAUCGCCUGGCCGGAAUACAAAAUUGCCCAUAAGUUUCUGCGAAUCGGAGUGGACAAAAGGCCAGAAGUCGUCUUGGACAAUCAAUUCCUGCCCGAUAGAAUGAGAUUUUGGGAAGAAGUAACAAACAAUUUCACCGUAAAUGAGGCGGACUUUACAGACGAACAACCACCCGAAGAGUCACCACCAGAGAACCAUUCCAACAUCAACAUGGGCAACCUGCUCAGCGGCUCACUAAUAUCUCUGUUACUAUUGUGCACCAUUUAUUUAUUCUAAGACAAAUGCUUU